AUGUUCCCGCCCUCGAUGCACGUCGGCGGCGCGAGUUCCUUUCAGGCGUUCAGCGUCGAUUUCUUCGGCAAAGACGAGGUCUUUUUCAAGGGCCUGCGAUGGCUUCUUGUAGAGAAGGCCGUAACUGAAUUAAAGCUUUGUUUCGCUUUGGCUUGGAUGAGAGCUUGGAUUCAAUGCGGCCCAGUCAUUGUCGAGGAUUUAGGCGCGAUUGCCAACCAAGCGAAUCAAGGCGCCAAAGGUGGGCACGAGCAGGGAGCGCAAGUCGCGCCCUUGUGCUGGUAUGUCUUCACUGUUGCAUUUGUUCGUGAGCUGGAAGGCCACGACACCGAAACCCUGUUUGCACGCGUCCGUCUUGAAGAAGAGAGGUGGUGA